UCCGCUGUAGAGGGAGACAUGGCGACGUCCCUGAUCUGCGGCCGUCUGACGGCUAGCCUGAGAAACUCGGGGGCCAGAAACACUAUCAGCUCCGCUUCCAAGGUUCUCGGUGGUUCCUCCGGUCUGUUCGGAGGCCAUGCGUCCCAGCUGCUGCCCCCCCACCUGCAGCAGCAGCAGAGGAACCUCUCCCUCCACGAGUACAUGAGCCUGGGCCUGUUGAAGGAGGCCGGUAUCUCCGUGCCGACUGGGAUGGUGGCCAGCUCCUCGGAGGAGGCCUACGAAGUGGCCAAACAGAUCGAGUCUAAGGACCUGGUGGUGAAGGCUCAGGUUCUGGCUGGCGGCAGAGGGAAGGGGACGUUCGAGGGCGGACUGAAGGGAGGAGUGAAGAUCGUCUACUCACCAGAGGAGGCCCGUGACAUUUCGUCCCAGAUGAUUGGUCGAAAGCUGUACACCAAGCAGACCGGGGAGGCGGGUCGUAUCUGUAACCAGGUGUUCAUCUGUGAGCGCAGGUACCCGCGCAGAGAGUACUACUUCGCCAUCACCAUGGAGAGGUCCUUCCAGGGCCCCGUGCUGAUUGGCAGCUCGCAGGGGGGCGUGAACAUCGAAGACGUGGCGGCAGAGAAUCCAGACGCCAUUGUGAAAGAACCCAUCGACAUCGUGGAGGGCAUUAAGAUGGAGCAGGCUGUCAAGGUCGCUGAGGCGAUGGGCUUCCCGCCGGCGCUGGUGAACGAGGCGGCGGAGAACAUGAUCAAACUGUACAACGUGUUCAUGAAGUACGACGCCUCCAUGUUGGAGAUCAACCCCAUGGUGGAGGACUCGUCUGGCAUCGUGAUGUGUAUGGACGCCAAGAUCAACUUUGACUCCAACGCCGAGUAUCGCCAGAAGAAGGUGUUCGACAUGCAGGACUGGACCCAGGAGGACCCCCGGGACCGGCAGGCUGCCAGAGCCGACCUCAACUACAUCGGCCUGGACGGAACCAUCGGCUGUCUGGUAAACGGAGCCGGUCUCGCCAUGGCGACCAUGGACAUCAUCAAGCUCCACGGCGGCACACCGGCCAACUUCCUGGACGUAGGGGGAGGAGCCACAGCUCAUCAGGUGACAGAGGCCUUCAAACUCAUCACGUCUGACAGGAAGGUUCAGGCCAUCCUCGUCAACAUCUUCGGAGGCAUCAUGAGGUGUGACGUCAUCGCUCAGGGCAUCAUCAUGGCGGUGAGAGACCUCGACCUCAAGAUCCCCAUCGUAGUGCGGUUACAAGGAACGAGAGUGGACGACGCCAAAGCUCUGAUCGCCGCCAGUCCGCUGAAAAUCCUCGCCUGUGACGACCUGGAUGAAGCGGCCAAAAUGGUUGUGAAGCUUUCUGAAAUCGUCUCGCUGGCUAAGGAAGCUCAAGUGGACAUCACCUUCCAGCUGCCCAUCUAACCAACCUCCUCUUCCUCGUCCUCGUCCUCCUCACUCCAAACACUUCCUCUGUCUCCCCCACAGCAGCCCUCCACUCCUCCCCCCUCCCCCGCUGUGUGGCAUGAUGGCGUCACCGUACAGGCGUCCUGUCUCAACCCCUCAUCUCCCUAACUUAUGUUGCACUUGAAGCGAUACGCACAAACCUCCCCCUCCCUCACUCCCUCCCACAGUCUUUACUUCCUUCGCCUGUUUAACAAAAUAAAAGCAGAGCAGUUAUUUUCCUGUCGACGGAGGUUUCCACUCAGGAUUCUGUGUUUGAAGUGAAUGAUUGUGAGACGGCGGCGGUUACGGUGAAUGAUUGUUGGAUGGCGGCGGUUACGGUGAAUGAUUGUUGGACGGCGGCGGUUACGGUGAAUGAUUGUUGGAUGGCGGCGGUUACGGUGAAUGAUUGUUGGACGGCGGCGAUUACGGUGAAUGAUUGUUGGAUGGCGGCGGUUACGGUGAAUGAUUGUUGGACGGCGGCGGUUACGGUGAAUGAUUGUUGGACGGCGGCGGUUACGGUGAAUGAUUGUGACGCUCCCCGCUCUGCCGUUAUGUCUCUGCACUGGACUGUCAGAAUAAACACACCUGUUCUCUCACACACAGAACAAACUGUCACACCUUCAUAAGCCCCGCCCACUUUCACUCUGUGCUCCAAUCACAGUCGACUUCCUCCUCUCCUGUACUUAGAUAUGCUACAUGCUAAGCUAAUCUAUGUUGGAAAGACAACCACAGUUUGAAGAUGGUUGAAAGCUCAGAGAGACAAACAUACAGUCACAUUGUGCUCGCUAUGUAAAGCUUCAGUCACUGAACGCUGCCGUUAACUCUCAAACUGAUACUGAAUACUUAUUUAAACAAACACUGUCUCUGAUAGCGCCGUUAGCAUCUUCCACAUGUUUCGUGACCACCGCAGUUUCUCCUUCGCCCUUGGAAGGCGAGCGUGAAGCGACGAGGUUGUGACACCUUUACGAUAUGGCGAACUGUCCGACACGCCGUCCAAACGGCGGUGGACUCGGCGUAUUGAUCUGUCGAUGAUCGGUCCGCUGAACGAGUGUAAUGAAUUAUUCAAACCCCCCCGAGGGAGGAACGACAGAGUCAGCCAGUCCAGUCCAAACCGGAGUGAACGGACGCUCUCGGCCCCUGAUGGGUGCUCGCAGAGCGCUGUGGCGUGAGCACGUGAGCAGCUUCCUGUCUGAGGACGGUCCGUUGACGCCCUCAAACGAAGCGCGUUGGCAGCUAACGGGGGCGGGCCGCGUGUGUGUGGGCGACUGUGAGUUAAGAUGGCGGCGGCUGUAGCAGGUUUAAAGGAGCUCGGAGGAGACGCUGUGUAUUAUUCUGCUGUGUCACUGGGAGGACUGGCUGCUUCAGGGUUAACUGGGACGGACGCCGCAGUGCGUUCACUCUCCCAUCAUGCAACACAGCGGGAAAAAGCCUCCUAUUUCUGUUUGUAACGUCAGACUCUGGGCGACCGCGGCCUCAGAAGAACCGUAUGACUGUAGUUGUUUCUCUUUCCUCCUGUUCUUCCUCCUCCUCCUCCUCCUCCCGUUCCUCCUCCUCCUCCCGUUCCUCCUCCUCCUCCUCCUCCUCCUGUUCUUCCUCCUCCUCCUCCUCCUCCUCCUCCUCCUCCUCCUCCUCCUCCUCCUCCUGCAGCGCUCCGAACACAAGCCCACAUUGUGAGUUGUACGUCAUUUAUUAUAUCUUGUAAAUAACCAAACUGCUGUUCUCGCUCUGUAAGAUAUUUAAGCUCUUCGUCAGGAGUACCACAAAGGAAGAAAAAGAGAAUAAAAGCCGAGAACGCCAAA